AAACAAAGCUGAGGGCGAGCGGCCGUUCGGGCUUCAAGCGGGCGAGCUGAGCAUGCUCAAACUCCACCCUUGCCGCCAAGAGGAAGGACGGCUUCGCAAGAGCGGAAGGCAUCGGCAUGCGCGCGGGGUCGGCUUUGGCUCGGCUGCUCUGGCUGCGGACGGCGGCUCAGCGCUGCCGCUUGGCCUGCAAGGAAAGCGUCCCCCGCGCGCGGCUUCUGGAGCCGCGGUCCGGGGGCUGCCGCUGGCAGAGCAGCCUGAUGGCUCAGUACGGCACGGAACAGCGCGGGCAGCUCCACUCGCCCGAUUACCGCCUCUACUUUAGGAAUCCAAAGGGAAAAUACAUUUCUCCGUUUCAUGACAUUCCUCUCUGUGUUGGACCCAAUGAGGAUAUGGAGAUUCCUGCAAAGAAAUCAAAGAUCAGUGAAAAUGAGAUUCUGUUUAAUAUGAUUGUAGAAGUACCUCGCUGGACAAAUGCUAAAAUGGAGAUUGCCACCAAGGAGCCGUUGAAUCCCAUUAAGCAAGAUGUAAAGAAAGGCAAGCUGCGAUACGUGGCAAAUAUCUUUCCCCAUAAGGGCUAUAUUUGGAAUUAUGGUGCCUUCCCUCAGACUUGGGAAGAUCCCAGCUGUAAAGAUGACCAUACAGGAUGCUGUGGUGACAAUGAUCCCAUUGACGUCUGUGAAAUUGGUUCACAGAUUCGCCGUACUGGUGAGGUUGUUCAGGUGAAAGUCCUUGGACUUCUAGGCCUGAUUGAUGAGGGAGAAACCGACUGGAAGAUCAUUGCUAUCAGUGCUAAUGAUCCAGACUCGCAGAAAAUCCACGAUAUUGAAGAUGUCAGGAAGUUCAAACCAGGUUAUCUUGAAGCAACAGUUGACUGGUUCAAAUUAUAUAAAGUCCCAGAUGGAAAACCGGAGAAUCAGUUUGCUUUCAAUGGCACAUUUAAAGACAAGGCAUUUGCUUUUGAAAUCAUUAAGUCCACCCAUGAAUACUGCAAAGCUCUUGUUCACAAAAAGGCUAAUGGAGGAGCAAUAAAAUGUACCAAUCUCCUGGUUGACACCAGUCCCUAUUGCUGUAAUGAAAACGAUAUCCAAGCUAUUGUUCAAUCGGCACCACCUGCUGUGGAAGAACAUUCAGUCUCCAAAGAAGCUGACCAGUGGCAUUUUCUCGGUCGGGGCUGACCAGCAUUGUCUUAAGUCAAGCUGUGAAAUCUUCCAACUGCUUCACCUUCCCUGUCCUCUCAUAUACAGACUCACCUACAUUGUUGAGUAUACACAACUGAAUUCAUCACUGAUGCACUUGCAAGUAUGAACAUCUUUAGGUCCUGCAGAUCUUCUAUUGUGUAAAUAAAAGUGAUUUUUUUAA